CUUCUAUUUCCGAUUUAUAUAUGUCUUCUGUUAGUUUGUUUUGGUACAACUUCGUUGAAACUAAUUCAACUCUGAAGUAUCAAUCGGUAGUAGCAGCCCUUAGUAAGUAACUGCAGUUACAACUUAAAUCUUCUAGAGUGGAUUACUACACAUCAUAGAGUUCUAGACGCGAAGAAGAAGACAUCUCCUACUAGAGUCCACCAGUGCAAGCAUUACAACUAGAAAAUGUCCGGCGACGUCUCACACGAGCAAUUGCAAGAGGUUUUCAACCUCUUCGACCCAGAUCAAGAGGGCGUCAAGAUCAAAGAUAUCGGCACUCUGUUGCGAGCAGUGGGCCUAAACCCGUCUCCCGCGUCACUACAAGCAAUACAGCAGGAAUUGCUGUCUUUAUGAUCAAGUAGCUACGUCUAUGCAUAUGCACACAUUCAUCUUCCACGGCAUGGCCAUAUCAGGACUACAACUGAGGUUUUCUUCUACUACUUCUAGGUAUACUUCUACUUUUGAAAGAAGGUGCCAGCUUUACCUCAAGAAGAAUAUGUGGAUCAAUCAAUCAGUCAGGUUCUAGGUCAGCUUAUGAGUGUUCUAGUAAGGUUCAUGUUGACAAAAAAUCGAACAUUUUCUCCUCAUUUUUCUCCUCAGUUGACAAAAGUCUUGGACCAUCAUAACGCCUCUACUUCAUUCCUCAUUUUUUUCGUGCCCUCACUCUAAUUCGUUCGACCGCAGCAAGCAUCGACUUUGGGCUUUUUGCGAAGUUCGCGGAACGUGUAGGAGCAGAGCAAACAGCGAGUAAUAAAGAGGACGCAGCUUCGUUAGAUGGGGUGCUGAAAGGAUCGGCACACUAUUAUGAUAAGGUAGGUUUAUGCGUGCUCAAAUGAUCGGCACACUACUAUCAUAAGGUAUCAUGCACCGAUAUUAUAGGAUAUCCUUAUCCUUUUCUAAUGUUGAUAUUCUGUAAGGUAAAUUAGGCUUUUAUUCUAUCACUAUCAAUAGUAUUAGCAUUAGGUAACUUACUCGUAAACUUGAAAUAAGCGAGUUGAUGAAAAAAUAAAGAAAGGGACCCGGGAGAUCCGUCGAUCGUAAUGGCAGUCGCGAACGCAGCGCGCGAAAGUUUUUGUAUCUGCGCGUGGCGCUGGAGAUCGGGCGCGCGGCGCCGCGCAGCCGAUCUCCAGACCCUCUGAGCAAGGAGUAGCACCUUCUGGGCCAGACAGAGCACGCAAGCAGUGCUUUGUGGCUCUGGAGUGGGGCUCUCAGCUAGGCCCUUUCCGUUCAGAAGGAUUCCCGGAACCCAAAGCGCAGCGGCGACCCCCCCUGGAACCCGGCUGCGCGCCGCCGCGCAGCAGGAACCCAACAAACGAAUCGCCAUCUAGCCUUUGUUUCCUCUUCGUUUCAUUAGUUGGGUUCCUGCUGCGCGCCGCCGCGCAGCAGGGUUCCAGGGGGGGCCGCCGCGGCACUUUGGGUUCCCGGGAUCGUUCUUAAAGGAAAGGGCCCAUCUGGUACUCAGAGAGCCCUUCAUACGACCCAAAGCUCAGCCUUCCCUCUAGUCGGUUUGUGGCCGCGCGCAGCGCGCGCGGAAAUUUUUAUUCGUGGCUUGUGGUCUCCAGGAAGGUAGAAUCCGGCUGCGCGGCGCCGCGCAGCCGGAUUCCAACAUCCUGGGAGGCUGGAGAUCGGCUGCGCGGCGCGGGUCCGCUUCUUUAUUUAUUUGGCUACUCGCUUAUUUCAGUUUUUCGAGUACUUGGUAUGCGCCGAUAUUGAUUUUUUUGCACCCUUAGCAUGAGGGGUGAAUAUCCGUCGACUGUGCGUGUUUGUAAUCAGGUUUUUCCACACCUCUUCCACCAGGUUUCUGGAAUAGCCGUGUCAAACACUCUUACCACUCUUAGCAUGCCAAACACUCUUGUUCUAUCAGGUUUUUCCAUCCGCAGCCAAACUGGGCAAAGUGAGUACCAUCAGCGUGAAGGAGCUGGCGCAUUUGCUAACACGAUUAGGCGAGCGCUUUUCUGAUGAAGAGAUUGAGGAUCUCACGUUAAGGCUUAAAUCUAAAUAAAUAUUUUCAUUUUCUUUUAUUACUUAAAGUUAUAAUUUCAAAUUGUUCUGUGGACGGACUGUUUCAUCUGUGGACGGACUAUUUCCCUAUCUUCAAAAUCAAUGAUUGUGACUCUGAAUAGAGUCCUACCUUGGAAGACGGCCAGUUUCAUUUUUUUAGUAGAAAUUUUUCACCUCAAUUGCCUCAUCCUUUUCGUGUUUGUUUUCUUAUAGUGAGGGCUCUACAACAAGUAGAACUAGGGUAAUCUUCAAUGGAAAAAUAAUCAAUGGCAACAUUACGGACCAUGUUGCGGGGCUAUAGUUGUGGUAGAGCCCCAACUAGGAAAGAUUGAUUCACGAAAGUCAACCAUUGAUAGUACUCUAAAGAGUAGUGCCUGUCCUUGUCAUGUUGUCCUUGAAAUAAGUACUCUUUUUUCUUGUCGCUAAUGAAGAAAGAAAUCCGAAAGUCGUGCACCGUCGAAGGAGGCCGCGUCAAUUUUGAAGAGGUGAAGAGGGUUGUGUUGUAGACAGCGAAGGGACACACAUGGACAUGGGGGGAGGAAUUUUCUACACAGGUGAUAGAUUGGGAGGGAGAGUCGCAAGAGAUGCAAUAUUAAGAUUGAUAAGGUUCAUUUUGAUGGACACUGCGCCACAUGCUGCUACGCAAAUUCAUUCGUCCACUAUAGGGGAAAAUGACACAGUGAAUGUCCAUUUCGUUUAUUUUGACGGUACGAGCUGUAUCAGGAGCGCAAGUAUACCGCGCCUGCAGAGCUAGACUGUUUGUCCCGCCGUUAACCCAGUAGUACCAAAUGGUGGUAGUAAAACAUGGGGCGCCAUGAUGACGCUGAACGCGACCGACCUCUCAUCGUUGAGUUUUGUUGAUGAGUUGAUGUCUGAC